UAUUUUGGUAGACCUGUAUCCGGUUGAAAUUAGAUAUCACAUGUUCUCGUUCAACGAAACGAUCGCGUAUUCCAAAUCCAAACAACUCUCUGCCAACUAGGCAAGCUCCCAAUGUAUUUUUUUAUAUUCUAACUAUCUUCCCUCUCUUGUUGGUUUUCGCGAUCCCUAAAACAAGGAUCAGAUCCACUUUCAUGGCUGCAGCAAGUUAUUCUCCGCUCAAAACGACGCUCUGAGGUCUUCUCUGCUCCCACUCCUGUCCGCUCUCUCCACCAAUAAACCCAUCAAUCAAGAUAGCAUAAUAAGAUUAUGGGUCAGGAAGAACGAGUUGCAGAAGAAGAGAUGGAGGGGAUUGAUAGAGAACCUGAAGGGAACACUCUUCUCAAGGAAACUUUUAAUUAUCGAACCCAAUUUCCAGGGAUGGUGAGACAGAAAGCAUAUAUAUUUGAUGGGUCUGGGAACUAUUAUAACAAAGAAUGGAAUCUUGCAGAAGGUAGGGGUAAUGAGUUUUGUUGGUAUCACGUCGAACUACCUAAAGGAAACCACAAACUUUCUCAAUCUGCACAAUGUCUUAUUGAUUCAGGUGGAUUUGCUUUAAAGAAAAAGAUGCUGGAUGAUAGAAGAUUCCCCAAGAUGCAUCUUAAUUUGCAGCGUCUUUUGCAGGUAAUUGCAUAUGGAGAGCAAGUAUUUCCCCGAGUGAAAGAGAAAUGUGCUUCGAAACAUUGGUUUUCGUCUGAAGAUGUUAAUUCCCUAGAAGAGUUAAUUGGACAAUUGAGAAGGUUAAAAGAAAAUGUAGGUUUUAUUGCAAAUCGAGUGACAGCAAUUCAAGCAGGUCUUGACAGCUGGCAGGCUGAACAAAUCAACAAGAAGCUCUAUUAUCUUUCUUUCCUUUCAAUAAUAUUCCUUCCUUUGUCUAUCAUAACUGGAGUUUUUGGCAUGAACGUGGGAGGAGUUCCAUGGACAGAGCAAGGUGACCCUGAACUACAAGAUGGUUUUCGAAAUGUCAUGUUUGUUUGUGGUGUGAUGCUGCUUCUGGUGCUGCUAUGCUUUGCAUUCCCGGCUAUUUAUUCCCGUUUGGCUGCUUGGCGGAGGAGGAGGGCUAUGGAAAGAAGCUGGUCUUUUAACAGGAAGUCAGUCUUGAGAAGAGCUGUUGGAGUUCAAGAAAGAAGAGGUUAUCUUCGGAUUUGAGGAGUACAAAUAAGUUAGAACCAACAGAAUAGUUGUAUGCCAUUUUAUCCUUACCUCAGUUCUAAGAUGAAGAAGCUGCUUCAGUUCCUUCAAUUAGACAAACUGGUGAACACCUACCUUUUCUUUUCUGAAUUCUACAGGAAUUUCUUGUCAAGCUUUCAGCUGCCGCUGUGUUUGAUUUGUCACUUUUCAACUGAUUUUUCAAUGACCGGAAGUAGCACAGGCGUCGUUUCUCAUAGGCGUCCUUGCAAAUCAAGAACACUUAUCGAUCACUUUGGUUUUAUAUAUUGUCUGGUGAGAGAUGGAGUGGCCUUGUCGGGGGGUGAGCCGAUCCGGCUGUAAUUUCAAGUUUGUAAGAUAUUGUACAGGAAUUACAAAAUUCAUGAACCCAAACAUGCACGAACAUAAUUGUAUUUAUUCAUGUUAAUGGGGGUUAUUCAUAACUUUGAAUAAUAUUAGACUCAUCAUUGUUGUAGAGUCAAUUUUACU